AUGUCGAGCUAUCGUUCUCAGUUUCCUAGCGAGAUCCAGUUCGCUUCCAGCACGGAUGAGACAACUGCCUCGGUCAAUGAUCAAACCUUUAUGGGUACAGUGAACGGCAUUCAACGCGAUACGAACAUCAACCUCCCUGUCAAUUCUUGGCAGGUUGACGAUACCGGGACCACCAGUCCGGCAGGGCCGGCCACCCUGACUACAUACGCACUCAAAUCAACAACCCCUGUCUCGUCUUCCUCGUCUUGGCCUUUAAGUCAGCUCAUCAAGCCAUUCAGAUUUCCACCAGAUCUGAAGACUGAAGAUAAUAGUAAGCAGGCGUUUCAAAUGAGCAAUCCACGAGCUUGGGCGACUUCAGGACUCCUUUCUCCAACACUCCCAAAGCUGGAGAAUGGGUCUCGCUUCGGCGAGGAAGUGGGAGGGAUACUUGACACGCCUGUGAAAGUUAUGCUAGGGCCUAAAAAGCAGAUAACUACCUAUAGCACAGCCGUGAAGGGCUGCCAGCUCUGCGAAAAAGUGCCUCAAGAGAUUUUCGACCAGCUCUUGCACAACGAGAGUGCAAUCUCCAAGGCAUACAAGGAGUAUAACAGGAAUGGUAGCCCAUCCAACAAUGCCGACGAGCUCACUUCGGAGGGGUAUCCUUUUCGUGUAACUGCUACUUUUGAUCAGCAUUCUGCGAACACUCUGAUAUCGCAUCAUGCAGACAAAACCCCCGCGCAUGACUACCCAAUCCAUGCGGCUACCACGGUGGACAAUAAGCAUGCUCGAGACUGGCUUGGUUCUGACUUCACUCCUGCUAUCAACCCUAGCCAUGGCUCAGCUGCUACCGAGUCUUUGAAGAAGAAGCGAAACCACAAACCUCGAUACGAGCAAGCGACAUAUGACAAGCUUAGUGAAGCCCCGUCUCCGAAUUUAGAUUUUCCCAACGGUAAUAUCACAGCGGCUGAGCUUUUAGCCUUCCUUCCACAUUGGCUUAAAUCUUGGGAUGUCAUUGAACGGUUCGUGAGCAACGGCGGCACCAGCUGCACAAUGGCGCACAUGAUCAACAGCUUCCGAGAGGCUCACAAGGGAGAUCUCGUACCGAAUACCAUUUUUCGUAUGAUGAAAAAUGCAAUUGUUAAGCGCGCUGGUGACCGCUGGAAUGAGUGGUCUGUCGGGCGCCACAUUACGGCAAACGACUGGGAUAGUGCGAAUCUUAGCACGGGAGGCUUUAGACCACCACGCAUCACGCAUCCUCGACAUGGUUCUGGGUGCGAUAAAAUGAACGCGCCGCCGAAGGCUGUCCCAUUUCGAAAGCUUGCCAAGGGCCUCAAAUACAUGCCUGCAGGAUAUGAUGCCCUCGACCUGACACGCUGUGUUGAGCAUCACGCCAAUCAUCCUGAGGAGGUUUGGUACUUCCCGAAUGAUUACGAGCAACUUUUGGACUAUAUCGGUGGACCACUGAAAGUGCAUCCUGAGAAUUACGACUCAGCUGCCUUCAACAGAUGGGAGAACGAACGACUGUUACGCAAACCAUCGGGGAGCCGCCUGCCUGCUCAGAAAGUAGGAGUAUCGGCUUGGAAAAAGAAGCGGCAUAUCCGAGAUAUUGAGGGGGAAACCGCCAAGAAGGGACAAGAAGAUGGGGCUGAUGAACGCAGAAUGGUUGAAGACCACGCUAGGACUAGAGCUAACGCUUGCGCACAGCAUUAUCAGUUUAUGGUGGAAUCCCCUUGCCCAGGAAACCAUUUUGAGCCCCACGCAGCGAAGAUGGCGCGUCUUGAUAGUCCAACUACAAUUACAACAGCUCCAGUAUUAUACCUUGGCCAAGAUGCGAUCCCAACCGCUUCCUCUUCCAACGCAACCGAGCAGUUCCCUAACUUCACCGGGAUAGUAAACAAUGUCGACUACUCCCAAUAUUAA